AUGGAAUACGGGUACUUCCGAGACAUCUUCAAACAACUUAAGAUCAAUCUACCGUUAAUCGAAGCCCUCAAGCAUAUGCCGAAAUAUGCUAAGUUCUUAAAAGAAAUCCUUAAAGGGAAAGAUAAAUUAGAGGAACUUCCGAAUGUUUCGUUAAACGUCGAAUGCUCUGCUGUGGUCACAAACAGCCUACCGGAAAAACUCAUUGAUCCGGGUAUCUUCACGAUCCCGUGUUUGUUCGGUGGUGAUGUUCAAAACCAUGCAUUAACCGACCUUGGUGCUAGUAUAAAUUUGAUGCCAUAUUCAUUUUAUGAGAAACUAGGCCUUGGUGACUUAAAGCCCACUCGUAUGACCCUAUCGUUAGCAUACAAAACGGUUAAGUACCCCCGGGGGAUUGUAGAAAAUUUGCUAGUGAAAGUUGAUAAGUUUGUCAUUCCGGUGAACUUUGUAGUACUAGACAUGGAAGCUGAUGAAAACAUACCGUUGAUUUUAGGGCGCCCAUUCUUGAACACAGCCAAAGCUCUUAUAGAUGUCUUCUUAGGCACUAUUACACUUCGAGCGGGUGAGGAUUCGGUGGUUUUCAAGGUCACUAACACGAGAGGGUUAAAUGCUAGAGUAGAGGUAGUGGCAUCGGUGGGGGAGAGUAAAGGAUGUGAGAGAAUAGAGACAGAGAGGGUGAGCGAUCCUAGGUUAGAGCCAAUGUUAGAACCUAAGUGUAGGGAUCUUCCCGAUAGGAGAGUAGAGGAUCUUGAAAAAAAGUACCGUGUUUAG